AUGGCCGGAGGUCGAUUUCGCGAGCUACUAAAAAAGUACGGCAAGGUGGCGCUAGUUGUACACUGUUCCGUCUCAGCCGCCAGCAUUACCGGAUUGUACGUCGCCAUAAAGAACAAUAUCGACGUCGAAUCAGCUAUGGAAAAAGUUCGUUUCAAGCAACUUGAAUCCGUUCUCGAAAAAUUCGGCAUGAGCGGUCCAAAGGAAGUAGAAGUAGAUACUGCUACAGGGUUUCCACAAUCAAAUCAGGAAUCAAUGGAUGAGGCGACGAAGCCGAGGAAUCGGACGGCUGAGCUCGCGGCGUCGAGCGGCGGAGCAUUGGCGUUAGCGGUUCUUUGUAAUAAGGCUCUGUUUCCGGUUAGAGUUCCGAUCACCAUUGCUCUCACACCUCCGAUUGCUAGGUUUCUAGCAAGGAGGCAGAUCAUUAAAAAUAGUUUAUGA